AUGCACGAUGCCCGGCAAAAAGUCUUCGUCCAGAACCGAAAGGCGUCAAAGAUUGUAAGGCAGCUUUAUCUUCGCACUGAUAUUAGUUGCGCUUCGCAACUUUGCGCUCGCUGUCAACAGUACGAUGUUGCCGGAGCGAAGCAGUCAUCACAAUCAAUCUUGGGAGCCGAUCCAAAGGCCCACAGCACGCACGGGCCACACUACUUGGUUCCCGAUACAAACAUCUUUUACCACUGCAUGGACGUCAUGGAGCAAGAGGAUGUUUUUACCGAUGUCAUUGUCUUGCAGACCGCCUUGGAUGAGUUGAGGAACAAAAGUCUUCCGCUGUAUAAUAGGCUUCGACAACUGGUCAAGGACUCUGACAAGCGCUUCUAUGUGUUUCACAAUGAGUUCCACGUAGAGACACAGGUAAAUCGCAGCGCCGCAGAAAGUAUCAAUGAUCGCAAUGACCGAGCAAUACGCGUCGCUUCUCUUUGGUACAAGAAUCACCUGGCGAAAGCUACUCGCGGCACGCAGAACAGGGCUCCGGAGAUCAUUAUGCUUUCAGAUGAUCGCGCCAAUCGCACUUUUGCUCGGAGCGAAGGUGUUGUGGCUUACUCUGUCGAUGAAUACCUUGAAGGGCACCCCAAGUCACAGAUGUUACUCGACAUGAUCACUGCAACAACGGAGAGAAGCUCGUCUCACACAGCUCCGGGCCAGGCGCUCUAUCAGGAAUAUUUUGGCAUGUAUCGAUUGCAAGAAAAUGUGAAGAAGGGUUUGCUGCACCAGGGAGUGUUCAACGUCUCGACCUACAAUUUUCUCGAAGGCUCCGUACCGGUACCUGCAUUUGACCGCCCAGUGCAUAUAUUAGGCCGAGAGCAGAUGAAUCGAGCUGUGCAAGGAGAUAGUGUCGUGAUCGAAAUUUUGCCUAAAGAUCAAUGGAAGUUGCCUGCAGCGGUGAUCGUCGACCCGGACGAGGUCAAUAAGAAUGACAACGCAGAGAACGACGAGCACGAGGCUGAACCUGGAGACGAGAGUCUUACCGUGGCCGCACCGACGGAUGCACAACCAACUGCGAGGAUAGUGGGCGUCAUGAAACGAAAUUGGAGACCCUACGUUGGUCACAUCGAUCCAUCAUCCGUGACCCAAGAUGUGCAAUCAACCGGUUCUCAAACUGUCUUUGUUAAACCAGUGGACAGACGUAUUCCCAAGAUACGUAUACGGACGAGGCAGGCGGUCGAUUUGUUGGGACAGAAGAUCGUCGUCAAUAUUGACCGAUGGCUGAUCACAUCUCGCUAUCCCGAGGGUCAUUUCGUGAGAGCGCUAGGAAAUAUGGAAAACAAGGAGGCUGAGACGGAAGCACUACUGUUGGAAUGGGAUGUACAGUAUAGACCCUUUCCCAAGGCCGUUUUGGACUGUCUUCCAGCCGAAGGUACGGACUGGAAGGUGCCCAGCGAUCUUACAGACCCGAGCUGGACCAACCGUUUGGACUUAAGAAAUCUCGAAGUGUGCAGCAUCGAUCCACCAAGUUGUCAAGAUAUUGAUGAUGCGCUCCACGCAAAGAGUCUUCCGAAUGGCAAUUUCGAAGUUGGAGUUCACAUUGCUGAUGUAUCUUCCUUUGUCAAGGCCGACACUCCUAUGGAUGACGAAGCGGCAAGCAGAGGCACGACCGUCUACAUGGUUGAUAAGAGGAUUGACAUGCUGCCAAUGCUGUUGGGAACCAAUCUUUGCUCUCUUAUGCCUUGCGUUGAGCGCUUUGCCUUCUCGACCAUCUGGGAGCUCUCUCCUGAUGGUGAGAUUAUCAACGUUAGGUUUUUAAAGUCAGUCAUCAAAUCUCGAGAAGCAUUUUCCUAUGAGCAGGCUCAGCUCCGAAUUGACGACAAAAGCUAUACCGAUACCCUCACCGGUGGUAUGCGAAUUCUUCUUGGUCUAUCAAAGAAACUCAGAGCUCGCCGACUCGCUGCCGGAGCUCUCAAUCUUGCAAGUCCUGAGGUCAAGAUACAAAUGGAGUCAGAAACAUCCGACCCGAUUGAUGUCCAGACAAAGGAAGCGCUUGAGACAAACUCGCUUGUGGAGGAGUUUAUGCUUCUAGCCAACAUCAGUGUCGCAACUCGAAUCUACCAGGCCUACCCAGAAACAGCAAUGUUACGAAGGCAUGGCGCCCCGCCGGCUACAAAUUUUGAGCAACUUCAAGAUGUUCUACAAGUCCGAAAGAACCUCAAACUCGAGGUGGGAUCCUCGAAGGCACUAGCUGAUUCUCUCGACACGUGUGUUGUGUCUGAAGAACCCUUCUUCAAUACACUAGUACGAAUCAUGGCCACACGCUGCAUGCUAUCAGCCGAGUAUUUCUCCAGCGGCUCUUAUGCGCCAAGCGAAUUUCGCCACUAUGGCCUAGCAAGCGAGAUUUACACGCACUUCACGUCACCAAUUCGACGCUAUGCCGAUGUGGUUGCACAUCGGCAAUUGUCGAGUGCGAUUGGCUUCGAAAGCCUCCAUCCGUCCCUUCAGAAUCAGGCUCGUAUGGAAGCCGUGUGCAAGAACAUCAACUAUCGGCAUCGGAUGGCCCAGAUGGCAGGUAGAGCUAGCGUCGAGUAUUACGUUGGGCAAGCUCUGAAGGAUCGAGUUGCGGAGGAAGACGCCUUCGUCAUGAAGUGCUUCAAGAACGGGUUUGUCGUGUUUGUCGCCAAAUUCGGCAUUGAGGGUGUCAUUCACCUGGCGAGUUUGUCAACCCCAGAGCCUGAAAGCGAAUUCAAAGAAGAUGAAUAUCAGCUACUCAUCAAGCCCGGCAAUGCAACGCCAUUCACCAUCGCAGUCUUUGACAAAGUGCGCGUCAAAAUCCUUACCGUUCAAGACGCUUCGACAGGUAAACGCAAAGUGGAAUUGUCAUUGCUAACGAAACUCUGA